AUGGAGAAAGACAGAGAAAGACAGAAGAUGAAGUUGGAAAAGAUUAAGAUGGUGACUUGCAUGGAGUCAUGUUACCAAGGUUUUGAUCCUGCAGCUUAUCUGCACUACAACUACACUCCACCCCGAGCAGACUUUGAACGAAGAAGUAGCAUUGUACCAUGGAAACUGAGCUGUCUGCACAGAGCCUUUACUGAAGAUGAUAUAAGAGGUGGCAUAUUAGUAGAUGUGGGAUCAGGCCCAACUCUCUACCAGGUCAUGAGUGGCUGUGAGAGAUUUGAUCAUGUCAUCCUCUCCGAUUAUUUGGAGGUCAAUCGAAAGGAGCUGCAAAGCUGGCUACAGGAGGGAAAGAGCAUGAUAGACUGGACUGCUUACUUCAAAUAUGUGUGUGAACUGGAGGGCCGCAGUUCAUCAGCAUGGGUAGAGAAAGCAACACGGCUUCGCUCAGUUGUGUCUGAUGUGCUGCCGCUUGAUGUACUCCAGUCCUGCCCAUUAUUACCAGGGCUCUUACCCCCCUCUGGAGCAGACUGUCUGGUGUCAUCUUUCUGCCUAGAGAGUGUAACCCAUGACUUGCUUUCAUUCACCCAUGCCUUGCGUAACAUCUCCAGUCUGCUUAAAAAAGGUGGAUAUCUGUUCCUUAUUGGUGCCCUAGGGGAAAGCUUCUACUUGGGUGCACCAGGGUUGUACAUCCCUGUGGUCCCUCUGAAUGAGUCUCAGGUCUGUGCUAGCCUGAAGGACAGUGGAUAUGAGCUAUUGCAGCUUUGUAUUUACCACAUGCCACCAGAAAUGAAGGUGGGAGUGGAUGAUGUUACUGGUGUAUUCUUUGUAAAAGCUAAGAAAGCAUAA